AUGUUUCGGCGAGCUUGUCAUAUGGUGUUUUAUACCGCCAGAGAGCCAGUAUCUCUUUCUAGGUUGAAAGGUAGUCAUGUAAAAUUUAGAGCUUAUGAAGUCGAAGUACGAUAUCUUCAAACGUCAUCUGUAAGUUUAUUAUACGACAAAAGUAAGGUAGAAGAAACUUUGAAAAGACUAAAGGAACAAGCAGCAAUGGAAGAAAAAGAAGGUCAGGCACGUAAGCAGGUUCCAUUCCAGAUGAUGGAGAAAGCCAAACAACAAGUAGCUCUGGUACCUGUAUAUAUACGAUGGCCAAAAGCUUUUACAUCUGCAUGCAAGCAUUAUUAUCAUGGAUUCAAACUGUUAUUUUUUGAAAUGCGAUUAAGUAUUAAAUAUUUAUGGCAGUUUAUACAAAGGAAACCAUUAUUACGUCGAGAAAAGCAGCAGUUAGUGCGAACACUCUCUGACGUCUUGCGACUUAUUCCAUUUGCUGUAUUUGUCAUCGUGCCUUUCUUGGAAUUUGCACUUCCCCUUUUCCUGAAAUUAUUCCCCAAUAUGCUACCAAGUACCUUCAAGGACGAAACCAAAGAAGAAGAAAAUAUACGCAGAAAACUGAAAGCUAAAUUGGAAACGGCUAAAUUGCUGCAAGCAGCCAUGGAAGAAAUGGCUUUAUAUAAGAAAAAAAAUUCUGCAAAGGAUGAUAAAACGGCUAGUACCGCUGUCGAGUUUGCAGAGUUUAUUAAAAAGGUUGUGUUUUUACAGAUGGGGUGUUCUCUGUAUUGGUAA